GUAAACGACCCAGAGAACAAUGAAAGGAACCCCGAGGAAGCCAAACAGUCGGACGUUCCUUGGUACACAUGGGACGAGAAAAAAUCACGGAAAGAAACCCGAUUGGUAAUAGUGGUAGGCUUGUUAGUAGUUGCGGUGAUUGCAUUAGUCGCAACGUUGACCUUGCAAAUGGCAGUUUUCCGUAAAGAAGAAUAUAAAGAGAUGUGCCAGAGUGAUGAGUGUAUUAAAACAGCCGCAAGGAUAAUCGAGGCUAUAAAUAAAACCACAGAUCCGUGUGAUGAUUUCUACAAGUUUGCAUGCGAGGGAUGGAUUGCGAGGCAUCCUAUUCCACAAAGUCAAACUUCUUGGGAUCAGUUAAGCCUUCUUCGUGAGGAUUUACUUCAAAACUUGAGGGUACUUUUAGAAGAACCUGACAAAAAUAAUGAUCUAAGACCGGUUAAGCUUGCUAAAAAACUUUACAAAACGUGCAUGGACACAGCAAAGGUCGAAAGUCUUGGAUUAACACCAAUGUAUAAAGUUCUAAAUAAACUAGGACUGCCGAAAGAGCCGAUAUUUGAUGAUGAACUAAUUGACCUUGACUGGUCUACUAUAGCCGGUACUGCGCAGAGAUAUUUAGGACUCAAUCUUUUUUUAAAUUUUUACAUUAGCGAGGAUGUAAGAAAUACUUCAAGAAACCGCAUGAUGAUGGAACAAGUAUCACCAGGGUUUAGCGAACGUUAUCUUUUAGAUCCAAUAAGAUUUGAGUCCGAAUUGACUGAGUAUAAGCACUACGUCAAGUCUAUGGUAGAAUUAGCGGGGGUUGGAGACAAAAGUGUUAGUUUUGCCAAUGAAAUUUUAAAUAUAAGCACUAAGAUCGCUAAAAUAAUGGAAACGCCAGAAGAAAGGAGAAGCUCUAAUCAUUUACUUCAUGACGUUAGUAUUGACGAACUUCAACAAUUGACGGAUCUUCAUGCCGUCAAGUGGAAUUGGACGCGAUAUGUUGAUGCUGUUUUUGAGAACACAGACGUUGAAAUUGACGCUACUACGGAUCGUGUUAUCAUAAUGGAUUUGCUGUACUUGCAGAAGCUACCGCUGCUUUUAGAUGAUACACCUCCUGCUACCAUUGCUCGUUACGUCUGGUGGAGCGUGUAUUCAACAAUUGCGCCUUUGACAUUACAAAAGUUUCGUGACCUUGGUUUUCAAUUUUCACAAAAAGUAUAUGGUCUUAAGGAAAAAACUCCAAGAUGGAAAGGAUGCACGGGGAAUGUGAAUUCUAAUUUUGGAAUGGCUCUCACUUAUUUAUAUGUACAAAGACACUUUAAUGAGCAGGCCAAAGAAAAGGCAUUAGAGAUGUUAUUAGAUAUUCGAGCGGCAUUUGAUGAAAUGGUUACUGAAUUGGAGUGGAUGGAUAUCGGUACUCGAGCGAGAGCACAUAAAAAAUUAAAUGCAAUGAGACCUUUCGUAGGAUUUCCUGAGUGGAUUAUGGAUCCUCAAAAGUUGGAUGAAUUUUAUGAUGGGGCUGAAGUAAUUGAAGGACAACUAUUUGAUACAUUUCUAAAACUUACUGACGUCGGCACGAACAAAACACUUAGUAGUCUGAAAGAAAAACCUGAUAAAGACCGUUGGAUUUCCACUGGCACAACUGUUAAUGCUUUUUACAGCGCAAUUUUAAAUUCAGUCAGUCGUAGAUAUGACGAGAAUGGCAAUCUACGUCAGUGGUGGAGUGAUGAGACAUUACAACAUUACCACGAGAAAGUUGAGUGUAUCAUUAAACAAUAUAGUAACUAUCAUUUGCCGGAGCUUAGUAAUAAUUUUACGGUCAAUGGAAUCAACACCCAAAGUGAGAAUAUUGCCGACAAUGGCGGUAUCCGCGAGGCUUAUCGAGCGUACCAGAGAUUGAAAGCUAGAAAUUCAAGCCCUCAAGCUCUACCUGGCCUAGCUGAUUAUUCACAGGAUCAACUAUUCUUUCUGGGAUUCGCUCAAAUAUGGUGUGGAAACUAUACCAACGGCGCUUUAAAGUCUAAACUUAUUGAGGGAGCCCACGCACCCAAUCAUUUCCGUGUGAUUGGUACACUUUCAAACAAUUUAGACUUUGCUAAAGCUUGGAAAUGUCCUUUGGGGAGUCCCAUGAAUCCUCCACAGAAAUGUGUGCUUUGGUAA